GGCAUUCCAGAGUGAAUUUACGAACGCUCCCCGGAUAGAACAAGGCCGCGCUUGUUUUUGUUGGACCUAUGUUGCCAUGACAACAGCGCAAGUUCUAUCCCUAUUUUGAAAGCGUUUUCCACUGGCACAUUUGCUUCCUAUUUACAAACUUUCUCAGAAAAUACUAGGCACCGAGGUGUAUCAUGGCUGAUCCAGUGGCAACGACGACCGAAGGGCCACCAACGGAUGGAAAAUCAGUCAAUCUCAUUGGGAAUCUGUUGAGAAGAGUAUCAAGAGCCGAGCCUGUUCCUGAUGACGACGAGGAAGAGGAGGAGGAGCUUCCCCCACCACCACCACUAAUUCCACGAGGCCCUCUAGUGAAUUUACAUUCUCGUAUUGUCAAUUCACAUUAUUAUGCUUAGUUAACUGGAAUAUAGAUUUUACACCUGACAUGCAUAUUAUUAUUACAUUAAAGGACUGUAGUGUUUAAAAUAGUAUCUUUUGUUUACAGAAAGGAUGUCUAACAGUCCAUCUGAAAAACUGCAGGGAUUUCAAUAAAAACUGUAUCCUUCUCAGUGACCCCUAACAGUGAAAUCAUUAGACCCUAUUCACCAUGCCAAAGCUCCGUGUGCUAACUGGGGUAGUUAAGUUAGGUCACCUAGCUAUCUUAAGAUCAAUGCAUGCCAAAGCUUUGUGUGUGUGUCCGUGUGCUAACUGGGGUAGUUAAGUUAGGUCACCUAGCUAUCUUAAGAUCAAUGCAUGCCAAAGCUUUGUGUGUGUGUCAGUGUGCUAACUGGGGUAGUUAAAUUAUGCCAUCGUAAGUGGCCCUGGAUAAGUGUCUGCUAAAUGACUAGUAAAAUGAGUGUUUUCAUGAGCGUUGUGUUCCCAGCUUCCAUAAAGAAAGGCACCCAGGGCUUCCUGAGGGCGAGUAUUGGGGAGAAGGUGAAGUGCACUAUGGUCCAGCCCUACAAGGACUCCAAGGCUGAGCGCUCCAAGUUCCCCCUCUGCUUCAACGAGUGGAAGUAUUUCUCCAUACAGAUUCCUAAGAGCACUGAUGACACGCUGGGUGUCUGUGAGUCACACCGUCUGGGGCUGGAACUCAUCUUCUUUGAGCAGGACACCGGCGUUCCCAAGCUCAUAGGAAAGACCUUUGUCAGACUGCUGGACAUCCUCGGUAAAUCACAAAUGAACCACCUGCUGGAGCUGAGGCUCAAGCGCCAGGUCAUCUGUAAGCUGGAGAUGGAGAUGGUGAUUGCGUAUGGAUCCCUGGGUUACGGAUACUCCCACCAGUUGAAGCACCCAAAUAGAAACAUGGAGAGCCUAGUGGAGCGCUCGCUCUUCCUCCGCUGUCCACCACCGGACGACCGCAAAGACCAUCACUAUAAUGUGGUCACUCCUAAGCCAGUACCUUAUUCAGACUUCAUCGCAGCGCUGAUGUACAGAGAGACCACCAACCCAGACAACAGGACGACUUACCCCUCAAACAGCACAAUAUCCCCCAUCAUCCUGGAAUGUAUGGAGAAGAGGGGCAGGCUACUGCAGAUGCACGAGGAGAUGGAGGCGUUUGAGUCGUCCGAGGACUCCCUGCAGUACCUGGAGAAACUGGUGAUGAAGAAAGGGAUUAGAACCGGUACCCCCUGGAGGAUGAACAAGAGGUUCAAGGUUCUCUCUAAGUGGAGGAAAAAGGCAACGAUGGUCUCCAAGCUGCUCAAUUUUGGAGGCUGUUCAGAGGCGGCGAAACAACAGAGAGACAACAUGUUGCCCACAGGGCCAUUGGGUGUGACUCCCCCUGUGCCACUUUUAAAUUGCCUUGCCAUGCAACAGGAGAAAAUACCCUUAGUCAAUGAGAACGAAGUGUCUGAAAUGAGCAAGCCUGCAUCUCCCAGAGAGACCCUGGCUGCAGCAUCUGGCCUGUCCACAUGUAUGGCCUCCACCCAGGUUGCCCAGUCAGCCCCAUUCUCUCCACCUCCAUCUGAUCAAUAUACCACACCGCCAACAGUAGCCACCCCACCUACAUCAGCCGUGGCCCAUAAGGCAUCUCCCCCUAGCAGUAUGGCCUCCAGCUCCAUGGACCACCUUGUCCAGUCCAGGGCCACCUCUUCCCCCAGACACGUCACCCUGGUCCUGCCUGAGGGUCCCGCCACCCCAGCUUCCACCUCAGCCUCCACCUCCGCUCAGCCCAGUACCAGACACAUCCCUAAACCCACCAAUGUGGCCGCAGUCCCCGUUCCCAUCCACCUGACCUCCCUCUGUGUUCUUACUACCCUGGAGGAAGAAGGAGAGGAGGAAGAAGGAGAGGAGGAAGACGGAGAGGAGGAAGAAGGAGAGGAGGAAGACGGAGAGGAGGAAGACGGAGAGGAGGAGGUCGGGAAGAAAAAGGAGGUGCAUGCUACAGUAUCGUCCUCCCUCCUCAAGACGCUCUCCUCUCUGACGCUGACCCCCGAGGUGGCCCUCCAUGCCACCCUGGUGCACUCGCACCAACAGAGCAGGCAUGGGCAGCUGGAGGAAUGUCGGCCAACUAACCCCAGCUACCAGCAGGAGGAGUGUCAUCCAGCUAACCCCAGCUACCAGCAGGAGGAGUGUCAUCCAGGUAACCCCAGCUACCAGCAGGAGGAAUGUCAGCCAGCUAACCCCAGCUACCAGCAGGAGGAGUGUCAUCCAGCUAACCCCAGCUACCAGCUGGAGGAAUGUCAGCCAGCUAACCCCAGCUACCAGCCUUACCAGGAGAGCCCGUCCAGGGGGAAGAGUGACCGAGACCAGGGGAGGACUGGUAGUGGUGCCGCUGGAGGAGUGAGGGAGUCAGGGUGGACCCAGACCCAGAGAGAGGCUGCUGGAAUGGGCAGCAUUGGAAGUCGGUGGAAGCUGAAUUUUGCUGGGCUUGGCUCUCUUGGUUCCGGAGGGCAGAGGAGGGAAGAAGAUGCCCCAUGCAGCAGCACUGCCUUCAGGUCCCCUACACUGAUCGACCUGGCCCCACCACGGCUGCUGGGGGCCUGGACCGAGAACAUUGCCACUGUGUCGACACCCAUAGGAGGGGGUGGGGGAGGCCUGGACUGGAGAUCUGGAGGUCUGCCUGCUGCCCAGAGAACCAGCCCGACUCUCUGCUCUCAGUUAAUCUCCCCCCUGUCCAUCCCGCCGUCAUCCGACCCUCUGAGCCAAAGCCCUCUGACGCGCUCCCCCCUGCCGCACCUCGGCUCACGGGCCACUGACACACCUUCUCCAGACCUGGAAACCUGGACCCUACAUAGUUCUCCCUUCCUCGGUGGCAUGCUGUGUGAGUCCAACCCUCCAGAUCUACGUGUAGGCCAAACCAGCGGUGGCAGCAACACUGACAGGAACACCCAGAGACCAGGAGGAGCCAGCUCCAGCACAGAACCACUCACCACACUCAACUCCUGGCUCAGCAGUGACAAUCUCCCCACUGGAGCUGGCUCAGACUCUGGACAGUGGUCCCUCCUCUCAGAGAUCGACAUGUCACCACUCCGCAGCGGACUGGUCUUCUCCCCCCUUACCCCCAUCUCGACCUCCGACCCCCUCACCCCCAGCUCCUCCCCUACCAGAAGCACCAGAGGCGGCAAGCCAGGCAAGGAGAGACCCAGGGUCGUGGAGACACCGCAUUCCCCAUAUCACAGGCGCAACAGAGACCACAGAGAUUAUUAUGGGAAGAUGUAGCAAAAAUAUAUAUUUUUUGUCAGCCUAUUUUGUCAAGUUCAUUGCCUUUUACUUGGGAAAUGAUCUGAUUCGGUUAUCUAAGUAUUAAUUCACAUUUUUAUUUUAUCAAAGAAUUUAGUUAAAGAUGAAUUAUGUUUUUUUAUUGAUAAAAUAGGACAGGGCAUCUAACGCGGAACUAAUUUAAUGAGGGGUUUUGUUUCAGUGAAAGCAGAGGAAUAUUUUGACCGCAGGACCGUUCCCAAACUUUGGUGGUUGGUGCUGGCCUGGUGAUAGUCUGCCAUGGAGAGAGAUGGGAGUAAUGUUACAUCAUCUCUCUAGGUGGUUGGUGCUGGCCUGGUGAUAGUCUGCCAUGGAGAGAGAUGGGAGUAAUGUUACAUCAUCUCUCUAGGUGGUUGGUGCUGGCCUGGUGAUAGUCUGCCAUGGAGAGAUAUGGGAGUAAUGCUACAUCAUCUCUCUAGGUGGUUGGUGCUGGCCUGGUGAUAGUCUGCCAUGGAGAGAGAUGGGAGUAAUGUUACAUCAUCUCUCUAGGUGGUUGGUGCUGGCCUGGUGAUAGUCUGCCAUGGAGAGAGAUGGGAGUAAUGUUACAUCAUCUCUCUAGGUGGUUGGUGCUGGCCUGGUGAUAGUCUGCCAUGGAGAGAGAUGGGAGUAAUGUUACAUCAU